GAGAUUCAAGAAAUGAGAUACGACGACUAAUAAAGGUGAAACGAAGAAGUUUCAUAAAAAAAAAGUCAGUUGAAAAUUAAUGGAAAUAAUAAUAAUAUCGGAAGCCGGGCUGGAUUAAAAGUUUCGAAUCAUGUCGUCAAGUUGACGGGAAGUUUAGUUUCAUGUUUAAAAGGAAUAAUAUCUUCGAACGAGAGUAAAAAUGUUACAUUUAAAUUCGUGCAAAAACUUAUCCUACCACUACGAUCUUCAAUCUCAGACUGUUGUUCCUCCCAAAUAAGUCUUGUACAACGCAAUCUUCUUGGUCCCGGAAUAUGGCUUCGUCAACGAAGAGAUCUUGGAAAUUACAGGAUUUUGUUGCCCAUGCAUCAAAUGUUAAUUGUUUGGCAUUGGGACAUAAAUCUGGUCGUGUUUUGGUCACUGGUGGUGAUGACAAAAAAGUCAACUUAUGGGCAGUUGGAAAACCUAAUUGUAUUAUGAGCCUGAGCGGUCAUACAACAUCUAUAGAAUGUGUAAGAUUUGGCCAAACAGAGGAUUUAGUAUGUGCCGGUUCUCAGACAGGGGCAUUAAAAAUUUGGGACUUGGAACAUGCUAAAUUAGCUCGUACUUUGACGGGACACAAAGCAGGAAUCAAAUGUAUGAACUUCCAUCCUUACGGGGAAUUAUUAGCAUCUGGUAGUUUGGAUACUGCGAUCAAAUUGUGGGAUAUACGAAGGAAGGGUUGUAUUUUUACCUAUAAGGGACAUAAUCUAACAGUUAAUAGUUUAAAGUUUAGUCCUGAUGGGCAAUGGAUCGCCAGUGCAGGAGAAGAAGGCAUGGUCAAGUUAUGGGAUUUAAGAGCAGGAAGACAACUAAGAGAAUUUUCAGAACACAGGGGACCAGCAUUAACCGUCGAAUUUCAUCCACAUGAAUUUUUGUUAGCAAGCGGAAGCGCCGACAGAACAGUUCACUUUUGGGAUUUGGAAUCGUUUCUGCUUGUAUCUUCCACAGAACAAAAUCAUUCAUCAGGAAUAAGGUGCCUAUACUUCAGUCAAGGAGGAGAAUGUCUUUUUGCCGGUAGUCACGACGUUUUAAAAGUCUAUGGUUGGGAGCCGGGUAGAACAUUAGAUACGGUUCCAACCGGCUGGGGCAAAGUACAGGACAUAGCUGUAGCUCAAAAUCAAUUGAUCGGUGCAAGUUGCCAUAAUACAAAUGUUAUUCUUUAUGUCUGUGAUUUAAAAAAAAUAGCACCAUUAGGAGGAGUAUCAUUAUCUCCAUUUAAUCAUGGAAAUUCAUUGAGGAAAAGUUUUUCUAGAGAACGGCCACCGGAAUUGAAGAAACAUACACUAGAUGUACGAACAAUAGAAGAAGCAGAUAAGUCAGGCACGGAUCCAGAAGAUGAAGCGACAUAUGCAGAUAUACCUAAUGUUUCUGAUUAUCGGGACAUAUUUCAGCCUAACAGAGCUCUGUCUCGCACACCUCCACCAGAACCUGAGGCUUUCCAAGAGCCUCAAGAUGUAGAUCCUUCACAACCACAGGUACUACAAAAUCUAUGUACAUCAAUAUCAAAUAUAAGUACAGUAGAAUCAAGUGAAAUGUCAUCUAUGCCAUCAUCAUUGUCACCAUCUCCAACGGUAACAACAUUGUCACUAACCAAACCAGUGCCAGUACGUGUUCAACCGAUAAGAUCAUCGCCGCCAACGCAAAGGAAUGUUAUAACUACGACCAGUCAAAUUCGUGCUAAUUUACAAGCAAACAAUAUGCUGAACAGAUCAUCCAAAAAUUUAGCUUCUAUACCGCCGCUUAAACAAAAUAUUACACCUUUUCCUGGAAAAAGAGCUGCACAAGUUAAUGAAACAAUACCAUCACAGCCUUUGGGUCCACAAAGAUCUAACUCGACUUUAACACCGAGAGUUGCACCAAUGGCGGCUGUAAUACCUGUUAUGGAUGAUGGAAAAUUAAAAAAUAGAGUGCCCAGUCCAGAUUCGCCUAAGCAUUAUUUAAAGCGCCAAAAUAGUUGUAGAGAAAGUGAGCAAGGCUAUGAAAGUGAUUAUCCUGUACAAAUUAAUAAUAUAAGACAUAGUCCCUCCGAUCCUGCACUAAAUAGACCAAACACAGCGCAAUCAAGGUCAACGUCUUUAAAUAGAAAUUUUGCUAAUUCUGCUACACUAUCGGCCCGAAACACAACGACAACGGGAACGUCAACAUUAAAAAAGAACAACAAAUUACAAGUACUUCCAACGCCUAAAGUAGAUUCAGUUACACAAUUAAGAUCACAAGUUGAAGAUAUUGAAAAGGAAGAAUUAGUUCCAAUAAGUGCUGAUAAACCUUAUGGUUUAGAUGUUGAAACAUUUUUACCAAAAAGUAGUUACGCAGGAUCUCCGGGACUAGCGUAUUCGCAAAUGGGAGUAUUAGCAGAAAUGUCGGAAGCAGAAGUAUUAAAUAGUAUGAUGCGAGGACAUGAACCAAUGAUGACUGUACUCACCAGUAGACACCGUUCUCUGCAAAUCGUCUAUUCCCUUUGGCAUAAUAAAGAUCUUAAGUCAGCGAUAGAUUCAGCAGUUGCAAUGAACGAUCUUGCGAUUAUCGUUGAUCUUCUGGGUAUAUUAACGUUAAAACCAACCAUCUGGAAUUUGGAUUUGUGCAAUUUACUUCUUGGGCCUAUCGCUGAACUCGUUCAAAGUAAAUACGAGAUGUACAUAACCGCAGGUUUAUCGGCAUUGAGACUUAUUUUACGUAAUUUUGCUUCGGUUAUUAAAUCCAAUGUGGAAGCACCUCUUCACACCAUAGGCGUUGAUGUUUCACGAGAAGAACGAUAUAAUAAGUGCCUGUCUUGUUACCAGAAAUUAUCAACGAUACGUGGUAUACUUUUGAAAAAGCAAUCAGCACCAGGUAAACUAGGUGCAACCUUUCGUGAAUUAAGUGUCCUAAUCAGGAGCCUAGAGUGACGAAAACGACAGCGUCUAAGACGUAUAUGAACUUCUAUUAUUGAACUAACACAUUAUCAUUAUUAUUAUUAUCAUCAUCAUCAUCAUCAUCGUCAUAAUCAUCAUUAUAAUAAUCAUCGUCGAUUCGCAUUUAGAGGUGGGCUGUUUAAAGGGCCAAUUAAUAAGAAAGACAAUCAUCUUCUUUUGAAGAAGAAGAAGAAGAAGAAGAAGAAAGUGCCUGUUGUUCUUGUUGUUAUUGUUGCUUCAGUGUAAUAACAUCUUUUUCGCUGAGGUAUUUCCAAAACAAAAAAAAAAGAAAAAGAAAAAACAAGGCACUUGGAUUUUUCGGUCCACUUGAUAUAAUAUUUCUUCCUGUGUUAGUGGUGUGAACAAAAAAGAGAAAAAAAAACGAAGUAACAGUAUUGAAGAAGAAUUAAUGAUAGGAUGGAAGUUUAAUAACUGUUAAAACUAAAUUUGACUGAAUUAUAAUAUUGAUCGUGUAAUUAUUAUUAUUAUUAUUAUUAUUAUUAUUAUUAAUGUUAUUAUUAUUAUUAUUAUUAUUAUUAUUAUUAUUAUUAUUAUUAUUAUUAACGAUCAAUAUCAACGAUACGCGUAAAUAGUAUUUGUAAUAAUCGAUUAACACAAAAAAGAAUAAUGUGAGAGUAAGAAGGGAAGAAAUGAGAACAUAAGAAAAAAAAAAA